AUGGGCAGCAGUAUAGAGGACCUGAUUUGGGAGCUUGACAACGAUCCACUAUUACGGGACACACCAUCUCCAAACAAUGCUACCAAAAGCACGGCUAACCCAACAAAUGUGGAUGAUUUGGGAUCAUCUUUGCGAAAUAGUCCUACACAUUCAUCUAACAAUCAAUGGAUUGAAUUGGAUAUAUCAUCUCCAAAUAUGGUUAGCAAUUACCCGUCUCAUCCUCCAAGUGACCAUGGUACGGAAUCACAUUUGCCAAAUAGUCCUACAUAUCCACUUGACAGUAUAACGCUGGACGAACUUAUAACAUCCCUUAACGAAAAAAACGACAAAAUUGAAGAACUUACGACAACUGUAGCUAGACUAGAAGAAGAACUCGCACGUAUGAAACAAAUGUUUCACCGAAUAGCAGGAUCGAACAAAACAGCUACUACAAAUAAUCAACAAACAGGUCAACCAAUAUCAACAUCAAAUAAUUCCGACUAUCGCCUCAGCACCGAUGAGACACUUCUAAAUGAUUCAUCCGAAAAUAACAGUCAAAGUAUAGAGAUACCAAUAAAUCAAAAUGGGACUGUCAGUGUGAAUGUAUUGUCUAAAUCAAAUCCGACUACUAAUGUAGAAAAUCAAACUCGAACUAAUUAUCUAACAACGACAGUAGCAAGUAGUUCAAAUGUAUAUGGCCAUUCAUCCGCAAGUCCUGAUGCGAUUGAUGAAAUUAGACGACAAAAAAAUCAAGGAGAAGUUCAACUUGGGCGAUCCUGUCGCGAUAAAAAUCGUAAAACUACAACAGAGUCGUCUGACUUAAAUCGUAGAAAUGAUGAUGUCACACCACCGAUAGCAUCAAGUUCAUGUGUGUUACCAAACGGACAAACGGAAUAUUCACUAGAGUUCAAAAAACAAAAUCUGUCAAAUUCGAAUUCAAUUGUUAAUCAAUUCUUGCCAUUUUCAUGCACGACUAAUGAAACUUCAGCACCAGUUCGUGGAAAUGGACCCAUCAACAUUAGUUUACUUCAUGCACUUCAUCCACUUCAAGCGGAAGACACUAAUAAAACAGACAGAUUUACUCAAUUAAAAGAUUGUCGUAAUAAAACUCCAGUUCUAACCAUACGUAGUGAUGAUCCACUUGAAAAUAUUUCUAUGAAGAUAAAUAUAAUAUCAAGAUCUGGUCAUGGCGAUUUUUAUGGCCUCUAUCAGUUUAAGGAAACUGGUGAUAAAGGUGUAGUUACAAGUGUAGAUACCAUUCAUCGUAAUAUUGGAUCAUGUGAUGAUAAACCAACAAGAAUUAAAUUACCAGGUUUGGAGAUGCAGAAACUACGCGAUUCCGAUUUAGAAUUGGAAAAGGGAAAGAAAAAUGCUUAUAAACUCAAAUCAUAUCCAUCAGGCAAAGAAAUAAACAUACCGAGUAAUGGCCCUCAAAAACUAAUAAAAGAAUAUAAUCUUAAAGACCCAAGACUCUGUAUUCGCUUAUUUCGUAAUAACAUACCAAUACCAGAUCAACCUAUUUUUUUUUCAAAUCCACUUAUAGGUUCAUCUAGGACACAAACUAAAGUUGCUGUGCAUCAUCCUGUUCAUCCUAAUCAAACAAAUACAGUACCUAACAAUCUUAAUCGUGCAUCGCGAAUAAAUAUGAAAGUUUCUGAAGAUCAACAAUAUCGAUUAUCUCAACCUACAACUAACAAUACUUUUCGACAGGUUUCAAACAUCGAAAAUUCAAGUACUAUCGAACAAUCGGCUAUGUUAAACGAACAAAAUCGAUCUGAAAAUAACUGUGGACAAAAGCGAAUGUAUGAAGGUGCAGAAUGUGAUUAUUCUCUUGGAUUACCAAUUAUCAAAGCACCAAGAAUGUCUACGAAUAAUGAUGAAUAA